AUGCAAUCAACAGCAGAUGCAGAGAAUACAGCAGGCAAUACGGCAGGCAAUACGGCAGGAGAUACGGCAGAGAACACAACAGAGAGCACACCAAAGAACACACUAAAGAACACAACAGAGAACACAGUAUACAAUACAGCAGACUAUAUAGCAGAGAAUAUAGCAGAGAACAUUUCGAUUCUUCAUCUUCUGCACAAAGUCGCUGUACCGCCAGAAUCUAAUCCAGUCACACUUCCCAUCGGUCAUGACCCAACAGAAUAUAGCCUUCCAUUUGAGAAAGAAAGAGCUCUUACUAUUAUGCUCGCUUAUAUCUCUUGCAUCAAGAACGAUACCGAACGCGUCCCCGCUCUGUGCAUUAGAGAGAACAAAGCUGAAAACCAAUUAGACAUUCUCUUAGCCGUUAACGCGCCCAAGAACCCCGAUGAGGCGUCUAAGGAUCCCAUCAACGCGUCCAAGAAUGCCGUUAACGCAUCCAAGAAUGCUAAUAACGCAGCCCAUGAUGCCCAUAACGCAUCCAAUGAUGCUGAUCACACAUCUAAUGAUGCUCAUAAAUCAUCUAAUGAUGCUGACAACCGUGAUAUCCACGAGAUUCAGGAGAAAUUCCAAAGCCUCUUCAAGCUAUUACCCUCAGUCCCUACAUCCGGCAAUGCAGAACAAGACAUCUUCGCUGAGAUAGUUUCAAUGUGUACCACUCGAAUACUUGAGCGUUUAAGAUUGGCCAGCCCAAAAGAUAAGCGAAAAGAAAAGAGCUCCAUGGAAAGACACAUCAAGAAGUCCAUCGAUAGUCUCGCCGAAAAAUCGACCGAAUUCGUCUGCGCAGCCCAGGAUUGGUUUGACAUGAUAGGCCAAUGGAGGGAGAAUAACACCACUUCCGGGCUGGCUCAAGUUGUCGAAAGCGCCGACAAACUCUCGCAAUUGACGGAUAUGGAGAGCGUCCUGGAUGGCAUCUCCAACCAAGAGAUGGAACCAACUGCGAGAACGAGCCUUUUAAAUACUAUUAAGAAAGUUGGCAGAUACAGAAAUGCCGCUAGGGUCCUUUACAGGACAGCCAAGAAGUUCCCAAUUGCGCGGAGAAUGAACUUGGUCCCGUCACAAUAUCUGAGACUACUGUCGAUGCAAAAGACGAUCGCAACAGUAGCCCAGCUGAGCCAGAAGUGCCCCAGCCAGAUCCUCGACACGACCCUGUAG